AGCGAGAUUCAGAAAUCGCUAGGGCUCCGCUCUAAGGGGCGUCCUGUGCCGGCACCAGGGACUGGUGCACACAGACACCGAGACCCAGGAGCGACUGCAGACAAAUGGAGACACAAAGGCUUAAAAGGACAGCUCCUUUCACCUCACCCUACUUGUCCAGAAGGUAAAAGGCACAGCCAGCAAGAGAAGGAACCAGCCCAGCUCUCAGAUCAGGACAGGCUGUGUGGCUCCGUGGUGCUCCUUUGAAAGCUGCCGCUGCAGCUUUUGUAUUGCUCACCCUCGGAAAGAAGCGAGAGGGUUGGGAAGAGAAGUAUUUCAUCCAGGAAACUGUCCUGGGGACCAAACCGGAUUUCGUUUGAAAUCCUCUGCAUUCCACCUCUAUGAGCCACAAUUGGAUUACACAAUGACGUGGAGAAUGGGACCCUGUUUCGCCAUGCUGUUGGCAAUGUGGCUCGUUUGUGGGUCAGAACCCCAUACCCAGGCCAGGAACAGAGGGAGCCACGGAGGAAGGAAAGCCGCGGUGGUUUCUCCACUCAGCGGUAGGCCAGCUCGGUUUCUGAGGCACACGGGAAGGUCUCGCGAUACUGAGAGGUCCACUCUGGAGGAACGGAACCUGCAGACUCUGCAGAGAAGGAGGAGUGUGCCAGUGUUAAGGCUGGCUCGUCCCACGGUGCUGCAAACCCCCUCGAGCAUCAGUGGGGCCUCCCUGAGGCCUGAGCAGAGACCAACUGCCAAGAGCUCUCCCCGUGAGAUGGUCCGAGAUGAGGGGUCCUCGGCUCGGUCGAGGAUGUUGCGUUUUCCCUCUGGGUCUGGCUCUCCCAACAUCCUUGCCAGCUUUGCAGGGAAGAACAGGGUGUGGGUCAUCUCUGCCCCUCAUGCCUCAGAAGGCUACUACCGCCUGAUGAUGAGCCUCCUGAAGGACGAUGUGUACUGUGAGCUGGCUGAAAGGCACAUUCAGCAGAUCGUGCUGUUUCACCAGGCGGGGGAGGAAGGGGGCAAGGUGCGAAGGAUCACCAGUGAGGGCCAGGUCCUGGAGCAGCCCCUGGACCCCAGCCUCAUCCCGAAGCUGAUGAGCUUCCUGAAGCUGGAGAAGGGCAAGUUUGGCAUGGUGCUGCUGAAGAAGACGCUGCAGGUAGAGGAGCGCUAUCCUUACCCUGUCAGGCUGGAGGCUAUGUACGAGGUCAUUGACCAGGGGCCCAUCCGCAGGAUAGAGAAGAUCAGGCAGAAGGGCUUUGUGCAAAAGUGUAAGGCAUCUGGUAUAGAGGGCCAGGUGGUGGAGGAGGGCAACAAUGGUGGUGGAGGAGCAGGAAGACCAAGCCUGGGCAGUGAGAAGAGAAAAGACGAGCUGAGGAAAGCACAAGUCUUGCCAACCAGAGAGAGUCGGGUGAAGGUCACGAGAAAACUGACCACCACCACCGUGGCCCCUCCCUCACCACCCCCAACUCCAAGGGCCACCACCAUUCUUCCUUCUCCAACCACUACUGUGACUCGGGCCACCUCCCAGGUGGUAACAGCUGCGAGACCUACAACCACCACCACCUAUCCGACCACCCAGAGGCCCUGGACCCCUCGGGUGCACUCCUUCCCAGCCUCUCACAGGCCCCCUACAACAGCUGAAGUGCCCACUGCCAGGGGACCCUCAGUCUCUGAGAAUCUCUACCCUCCCCUGCGGAAGGAGCAGCAGAGGGAGAGGGCCCAGACCACCAGGAGGCCUGGUAAGGCCACCAGCUUUGAUAGCUUCACGGCUGCUCCUCCCACCACUGUCUCCGAGCCCAGUGCUCGGGCUGCUGGCCCAGGCCGUUUCCGGGACAACCACACAGACAGGCAGGAACAUGGCCACCAGGACCCAAAUGUGGUACCAGGUCCUCACAAGUCAACAAAGGGGAAACCUCCCAAAAAGAAGGCCCAGGAUAAAAUCCUUAGCAAUGAGUAUGAGGAUAAGCAUGACCUCAGCCGGCCUACAGCCUCUCAGCGGGAGGAGGAGCAGCAGGCAGGGAAUAUGUCUCCCCACAAAGCAAAGGAUUCUAAAAAGCAUGAAAAGCUUGAGAAACCUGAGAAAGAGAAGAAAAAAAAGGUAAAGAAUGAGAAGCCAGACAAGUCACUCAAGAGUGAAAAGCAAAUGAAGAAGGCUGAGAAAAAGAGCAGACAGGAGAAAGAGAAGAGCAAGAAGAAGAAAGCAGGUAAAACAGAGCAGGACGGCUAUCAGAAACCCACCACGAAACAUUUCACUCAGAGCCCCAGGAAGUCGGUGACCGGCCUACUGGGCUCCUUUGAAGGCAAACGAAGGCUCCUUCUGAUCACUGCUCCCAAGGCUGAAAACAACAUGUAUGUGCAACAGCGUGAUGAGUAUCUGGAAAGUUUCUGCAAGAUGGCCACCAGGAGAAUCUCUGUGAUCACCAUCUUUGGUCCCGUCAACAACAGCACCAUGAAAAUAGACCACUUCCAGCUAGAUAAUGAAAAACCCAUGCGGGUGGUGGAUGAUGAAGACUUGGUAGAUCAGCAUCUCAUCGGUGAGCUGAGGAAAGAGUAUGGAAUGACCUACAAUGACUUCUUUAUGGUGCUGACAGAUGUGGAUCUGAGAGUCAAGCAAUACUAUGAGGUGCCUAUAGCAAUGAAGUCUGUGUUCGAUCUGAUCGACACUUUCCAGUCCCGAAUCAAAGACAUGGAGAAGCAGAAGAAGGAGGGCAUUGUAUGCAAGGAGGACAAGAAGCAGUCCCUGGAGAACUUCCUAUCCAGGUUCCGAUGGAGGAGGCGGUUACUGGUGAUCUCUGCCCCUAACGAUGAAGACUGGGCCUAUUCACAGCAGCUCUCUGCCCUCAGUGGUCAGGCAUGCAAUUUUGGCCUCCGCCAUAUAACCAUCCUGAAGCUUUUAGGAGUUGGAGAGGAAGUCGGGGGAGUUUUAGAACUGUUCCCAAUUAAUGGGAGUUCUGUUGUUGAGCGAGAAGACAUACCGGCACACUUGGUGAAAGACAUACGUAACUAUUUUCAAGUGAGUCCAGAGUACUUCUCCAUGCUUCUAGUUGGAAAAGAUGGAAAUGUCAAGUCCUGGUAUCCCUCUCCGAUGUGGUCCAUGGUGAUUGUGUAUGACUUAAUUGAUUCAAUGCAACUUCGGAGACAGGAAAUGGCCAUUCAGCAGUCACUGGGGAUGCGCUGUCCGGAAGAUGAGUAUGCUGGCUAUGGUUACCAUAGUUACCACCAAGGCUACCAGGAUGGUUACCAGGAUGACUACCGUCAUCAUGAGAGUUACCACCAUGGAUACCCUUACUGAACAGAAAUAUGUAACCUUAGCCCCAGCCAGUUUCCCCUGCAGCGAAAGCCCCAUGGGGCCAGCUAUGCACAGUUCUUCCACACUGCCUCCAUUCUCUGCCUUUGUCUUUCAGUGUCCUUCCAAGAUUAAAUAAACAGCAAACUUUUGCCUAC